UGCAGGAAAUGAAAGCUCAAGGAAUUGAAGAGGAUCGACUAGAGCUUUUGAAAGGUGUCAGCGGUGCUUUCCGGCCUGGAGUUUUGACGGCUCUGAUGGGCAUUAGUGGGGCUGGAAAGACGACUUUAAUGGAUGUUUUGGCUGGUAGAAAAACAGGUGGAUAUAUUGAUGGAAGGAUCACAAUAUCAGGGUACCCAAAGAAGCAAGAAACGUUUGCGCGCAUAGCAGGCUACUGCGAGCAAACUGACAUUCACUCUCCUCAUGUUACAGUGUAUGAAUCCUUGCAGUUUUCUGCAUUGCUUCGUUUGCCUCCAGAAGUCAACACUACAAACCGAAUGAUGUUCAUCGAAGAGGUCAUGGAGUUAGUUGAGCUUACUCCAUUGAGGGAAGCACUCGUAGGGUUACCUGGAGUGAAUGGUCUUUCAACCGAGCAACGGAAGAGAUUAACCAUAGCAGUGGAGCUCGUAGCCAACCCGUCCAUUAUUUUUAUGGAUGAGCCUACCUCAGGGCUCGAUGCUAGGGCAGCUGCCAUUGUAAUGAGAACAGUGAGAAACACAGUGGAUACGGGUAGGACUGUGGUGUGCACCAUCCAUCAACCUAGCAUUGACAUAUUUGAUGCUUUUGAUGAGUUACUACUAUUAAAACGUGGAGGUGAAGAAAUAUAUGUUGGGCCAUUGGGAAGGCAUUCGUCUGAGCUCAUCAAAUACUUCGAGGUCAUCGAUGGAGUCCAAAAAAUUAAAGACGGUUAUAAUCCAGCUACAUGGAUGCUAGAGGUAACUUCAACAGCACAAGAAGCAGCUCUUGGAGUUGAUUUUGCAGAACUGUACAAGAGCUCAGAACUACACAGGAAAAACAAAGAAUUGAUCGAGGAACUCAGUAAACCAUUUCCUGGUUCAAAAGAACUAUAUUUCCCUACACAGUAUGCACAGUCUUUCUUCAUCCAAUCCAUGGCUUGCCUUCGGAAACAGCACUGGUCAUAUUGGAAAAAUCCACCUUACACUGCAGUGAGACUUCUAUUUACAACGUUUAUAGCCAUAAUGUUUGGAACCAUAUUCUGGGAUCUUGGCUCCAAAAGGAAAAAGAGGCAAGAUCUCUUUAAUGCCAUGGGUUCCAUGUAUGCUGCUGUUCUAUUUCUUGGUGUGCAAAAUGCUACAUCAGUGCAGCCAGUAGUUGCUAUUGAGAGAACGGUUUUCUAUAGGGAAAGAGCAGCAGGGAUGUAUUCUGCUCUGCCUUACGCUUUUGGACAGGUGGUGAUUGAACUUCCGUAUCUAUUCAUUCAAACGCUUAUUUAUGGCGUCAUAGUGUACGCCAUGAUUGGAUUUGACUGGACUGUCGCCAAGUUCUUUUGGUACCUCUUCUUCAUGUACUUCACCUUGUUGUACUUCACAUUCUACGGGAUGAUGGCAGUGGCCGUAACACCUAAUCAUAACAUAGCUGCUAUAGUUUCAUCGGCAUUCUACACAUUAUGGAACCUUUUUUCAGGAUUCAUCAUUCCAAAGACGAGAAUCCCGGUGUGGUGGAGAUGGUACUAUUAUAUAUGUCCAAUUUCUUGGACAUUGUAUGGAUUGGUUGCUUCCCAAUUUGGAGAUUUCCAAGAUGAGCUUGAAGGAAAUGAAACAGUGGAGCAUUUUAUAAGAAGUUACUUCGAUUUCAGACACGACUUUGUGGGAUACGUUGCAAUAAUUAUAACUGGAAUAUCAGUUCUCUUCGGCUUCAUCUUUGCAUUCUCAAUAAGGGCGUUUAACUUCCAAAAAAGAUAAUCCUUUCUAGAUGUGUAUAUUAAAAAAAUAUUGGGCCAUUUUGA